AUGGAUGAAUUUAAUGCUUCCAAUAUCAAAAAGAAUAUCAAAUGGCUCUCCGAAAAAAUGCACGUUGCAGGUACCAAAGAAAAUGCCGAACUUAUGAGGAAAAUUGCUGAUAAGUAUAACACAUAUGGAUAUGAUGUAAAAACUUACAGUUAUAAUGUUUUAUUAAAUUAUCCAAAUUAUGAAAAGCCAAAUCGAAUUGAAUUACAAAUGGCCGAUAAAAAAUGGAAAGAGCUUAGUAAUGGCCUUGCUAAACGAGUUGGUCCAAAAGAAGCACAAGAACAACAAAAUGAUCCGCGUGCAUUAGUUUACUGGGCUGCUUAUUCAGCGAAUGGUACAGUAAUUGGGCCAAUAGUUUAUGUUAAUUAUGGAACAAUCAAUGAUUACAAACGAUUAUAUAAGUAUGGAAUAUCAUUGAAAGGUAAAAUAGCAUUGUGUCGUUAUGGUGCAAUAUUUCGUGGUGAUAAGGUGCAACUUGCUGUUAAACAUGGCGCUAUUGGAAUGAUUUUAUACAGUGAUCCAUUUGAUUAUACAAAUCGACGAAAUAAUGCAAAGGUAUUUCCAGAUGAAAUUUGGUUACCAGAAUCAGGUGCACAACGUGGAACGUUGUUAAAAACGGAUGGUGAUCCGGAAACACCAUUAUUACCAUCGAAAUACUACACUUAUCGCACGGAAACGGAAAAAAAUUUACGUGAAAAACAAAUAAUGCCAUCAAUUCCGGUAAUGCCUAUUGGUUAUCGUGAUGCUCGAAAAAUAAUGGAAAAUCUUAAUGGACCACAAGUUAAGUUGCAUGGCUGGGUAGGAUCUAUGAAUGUGACAUAUCGUAUCACUGGUUCAGCAAUAUUUCGUCUUAUCGUACAUUCUGCUUGCACCCGUCGUAUUGUCACCAAUAUUGUAGCAACAAUGUUUGGACGUGAAGAACCGGAUCGUUACGUACUCUUCAGUAAUCAUUAUGAUGCCUGGGUUAAGGGUUCAAUUGAUCCAAUUUCCGCCACGGGUACAAUGCUAGAGAUGGCACGGGUUUUGUCAACACUAAAAAAGUCAAUCAAAUGGCGCCCACGACGCACAAUAAUGUUUUGCUUAUGGGAUGCGGAAGAAUUUGGAUUAAUCGGAAGCACAGAAUGGGUGGAAGAAUUCAUGAAACCACUUCAGCAACGUGCUAUUGCAGUAAUUAAUGUUGACAAUAUCAACGGUGACACGUCACUUUCUGUUAAAGCCGUCCCAUUGCUUUAUCGUGUUGUUGUCAGCGCAGCUGCUAAAGUGAAAAGUCCGAAUAUGUUAGAGCGAGAGGCAGAACGGAUGACAUUAUUAGAUUCGUGGAAAUUUUAUGAUCCAAAAGGACCAAUUACUGGUGAUCGAUCAAUUCCCGGUAUUAGUAUACCGGGAACUGGUUCUGAUUUUCAGCGAUUUAUAACUUAUUUGGGUAUCCCUGUGAUUGAUAUGAAAUUGGAAAGUGCACCAUUAUAUACUUAUAUGCUUUAUCAUACAAUGUAUGAAAUUCCUUGGUUAUUGGAUAAUUUUGUUGAUCAAAAUUAUACCGCUUUAAUGGCAGUAGGACAGUUAUGGCUUGAAAUUGGACGUGACAUCGCGGAUAGUUUAAUAAUUCCAUUUAAUUUACACGAUUAUGGUUUGGUAUUGUUUGAUUUUGUUGAUCGAAUGGAUCAACAAUUGGAACAUAUUGGAAUUCCAAAUGCUAUUGGUACAAAAACAUAUCAUAUUGUAAUGGAUAAUUUACGAGAAGCAUUAACACGAUUUCAGGUUGUUGCAAAUAUAAUACAGCAAAUUACUCAGUCAGUUAAUACGGGUCAUGAAUCGAUCAGUAUCAAACAAGCAGAAAUGUUAAAUAAACGGAUGCAAACUAUUGAACGAGCAUUUAUAACGGAACAGGGUAUUUAUCCGGAACGAACUGAAUUUCGUCAUUUAAUCUUUACCAGUAGCAGUAGUAAUAGUAUCAUUGAUAAUGAUUAUGGUAUUUUAUUAUUUGGUGGAAUUUUAGAGCCAGCAUUACAAUGGCAUAAUGCUUUAAGUAUGGGUAAUUUAAAUAAAGCAAAAUAUUGGUUGAAAAUGUUGAAAAUUGGAUUUGCUAAAUUACAUUAUGGCAUUGAAUCAGCUAUUCUAAUAUUAGAUAUAAAUGGAUAUUAUGAUUAA